GUCAAGAGACUAGUCGUCGUGGAAGCGCGUGUGGACUAUGGUGGUUAAAGGGAUUUGCAAUUUCUUCAACCAAAGAAAAUCCAUUGGAACACGCUACGGACACCAAAGAGCUGUGCUCAGUCCCAGAUUUCAAGGGAAGCGUAGAAACCUCAACGAGAAUGAAACUUCACGGCUUAGCAGAUAUCAUGAGUUUCAAGACCAGAGCGCUUCGAUCCCUGUUACUAGUCUCGGUUCUCUCUCUGGCCAUUGCCUUAACGGCUUCGGCAUCGUCACAGGGGAUGAACUUCAGCUUCCCGCCUUUCAACGAUAGUUUCAUUCGACGCCAAGGCGAUGCGAUAUAUAACUCGAGCGGCUUCAUCCAACUUACGAACACCAAUCUAGGCCAGGACCUCCGUCAAGGCGUGGGGUGGGCCACGUACUACCAGCCGAUGCGCCUUUGGGAUAAGGCGACGGGGAACGUGGCGGAUUUCACCACCCAAUUCACCUUCGUCAUCAAUUCUCAAGGAAACACAGAUUUCGGCGAUGGAAUGACCUUCUUUCUUGUGCCCGCAGGGUAUGAACUCCCGGCCAACUCGUCGGGAAGACAACUUGGUCUUGUAGAUCUGAACCGCGAUCCUUCCAACUCUUCUACUUCGUUUGUAGCCGUCGAGUUUGACACUUUCAUCAGCAGCAGCUUUGGCAAGGUCGUGGACCCGAAUUGUCCACAAGCUACGCAUAUCGGUAUAGACUUGAAUGAUCUCAAUUCCGUGAAGUUUAACUGCGUCGAUUGGUUCAGGGAUAAAAUCAUGAGCGGUGAGCAGAUCAACGCAACGAUAACGUACAAUUCUAGCACACAAUACUUGAGUGUUCUCAUGAUAGACGCCGAUGCCACGGGUACCGACAUAAAUUCCUCCACUAUCGAUUACAGAGUCAACUUGAUUGACUAUUUGCCGGAGUGGGUGACUUUUGGUUUCUCGGCUGCCACGGGUUGGUCUGUCGAGUUGCACACUAUUGAGGCAUGGGAAUUCAGAUAUACUGUGCAAGUGGCUGAACCAGAUAUUCCAAUUCCAUCUCCGACUCCAACAAAUGGUGAUGCUAAAAAGAGCAAGCUAUGGCUAUGGUCUAUCUUAGGCUCCGGUUCUUUAAUUUUGCUCAUUCUUGCGCUAGCUUUCAUUUGGUUUCGUCACCGUUCGAAGAGAAAGAGAACUCACACAAGUGGAGAAGAAGAUGAUGCAGCGAUCGAAGAAGAAUUCGAGCAAGUGUCGGGGCCCAAGAAAUUCUCCUACAAGGACUUGGUUACAGCAACUGAUAAUUUCACAAUCGAACGAUUGCUUGGGGAAGGGGGCUUUGGGAGAGUGUACGAAGGUUACUUGACUAGUUUGAAUGCUAAUGUCGCAAUCAAGAAGAUUAGUCCAGAGUCAAGACAAGGGAUGAAGGAGUACGCCACCGAAGUGAAGACCAUAAGCCGGCUCCGGCACAGAAACUUAGUGCAACUCAUCGGAUGGUGUCACGAGAAAAAGCAACUCCUCCUUAUCUAUGAGUUCAUGUCUAAUGGUAGUCUCGAUUCUCAUCUAUUCAAAGAACAGACCUUCUUGCCUUGGGAGAAGCGGUUCAAAAUCACGCAAGGCAUAGCCUCGGCGUUGCUUUACCUCCACGAAGAAUGGGAACAAUGUGUCGUGCACCGGGAUAUAAAGUGUAGUAAUAUCAUGCUCGAUUCUGAUUUCAAUGCUAAAUUAGGAGACUUUGGUUUGGCUAGGCUAGUUGACCAUGCCAAAGGGUUACAAACGACGGUGUUGGCCGGAACCAUGGGCUAUAUGGCUCCUGAAUGCAUUUACACGGGCAAGGCGAGUAAGGAAUCAGAUGUUUAUAGCUUUGGCAUCGUCCUAAUAGAAAUAGCAUGUGGAAGAAAAGUUAUUGAGUCAAGGGCCAAUGAAGGCCAAGUUCGGCUGGUGGAUUGGGUUUGGGAGCUUUAUGGGACUGGAAGGCUUCUUGAUGCAGCAGACUCGAAACUCGGUACCGAUUUCGUUGAAAAGCAAUUGGAGUGCCUGAUGGUUGUAGGGCUGUGGUGCGCUCAUCCAGACCACACUGCCCGUCCUUCCAUAAGAGAAUCUAUAAACGUUCUCAACUUUAACGCCCCGCUGCCUAUUCUCCCAUUGAAGUUGCCAGUCCCUACAUAUCUGGAGCCUCUAUCUUCAUUCUCUGUAGCAUCAAUUGUUUCCUCCCAUAACACCAUGACCAGCAGCGCCUAAGCGUCUACAUUCACUACCUCUUCUAUACAAUCCUCUGGUUUAGCUUCCUCUGCAUUGCUCCCACAUGCGGAAUGAUUUCCUACUUUCGGUAUAUUUUUCGAUAAUCAGUUUGACUUGGAAAUUGUACUUCGAAAUUUGUUUCGGAUGUUAUCUGUUUCAUAUAAAUUCCUACUAAAAGGAAUAUCUUGCAUUUCUUUUUUGUGAUGAGAAAAUUUAUCUGAAA